AUGGCCUCUCUCGACGCCAAGCAGCCCAUCCACGAUGGCAGCUCCAAGGCCGAGGAAGGGGAUCUUGAUGUGGACCAGUUGCACAUCGAUCCCGCCAAAGAGGUCAAACUCCUCGCGAAGCUGGAUCUCGCUUUCACUCCAGUCAUCAUGCUGGUGUACCUAUCGUGUUUCUUGGAUAGAUCGAACAUCGGCAACGUGAAAACGGCGGGCAUGCCGACUGAUAUCCAUGCGUCGGCGGAGCAGUUCAGCGCGGCGGUGUCCAUUUUCUACGCGACCUACGUCGCCUUCGAGAUACCUUGGUCUGUCCUGCUCAAGAAGCUAACUCCCAGGUAUCUGCUCACUGCUCUCUGCAUUGUGUGGAGCCUUGUCACCAUUUUCUCUGGCUUCAUCUCCAAUGUGGGGGGCCUAUACGCAACCCGACUCAUUCUGGGCGCAUGCGAAGGGGGCUUGUUCCCCUGCUUAAAUCUCUACUUGACCAUGGUGUACCGGAGAGAGGAGCAGGCGAAGCGUGUCUCCUAUCUUUUCGUCUGCACAGCGAUCUCUGGGGCCUUUGGAGGUCUACUUGCUUAUGGCAUUCUGCAUAUGGAUGGGAUCUCGGGAAUGGCUGGCUGGCGAUGGCUUUACAUCAUUGAGGGUCUUUUCUCGGUCGUAGUCGCUGCCGCCGUGUUUUUUGGUCUUCCGAAUGACCCAUCAAACGCCUACUUCCUGAAUGCGGAAGAGAAGGAGUUGAUGAGAAUCCGCGCUGUCCAGCGGCAGGCCUACAUGGGAAGUGAAGAAUUUGACUGGGCAGAAGUGAAGAUUGCCUUCAGAGAUCCCAAGGUGUACCUCAGUGGUUGUAUUCAAUUUUGCCAAGACAUACUUCUUUACGGCUUCAGCACCUUUCUGCCUUCGAUUAUCCAGGGAAUGGGUUACAACACUUUGCAGUCGCAAUAUUUUACCAUUCCGGUCUAUGUGGCUGGUGGACUUUCCUUCCUGGCCUUUGCUUUCAUCUCCGACAGGCUAACAAUUCGAGCCCCUUUCGUCCUCUUCGCCAACAUGUUCGGUAUUGUGGGUUACAUCCUACUUCUUACGAAGACCUCCGAUGGGGUCAAGUUCUUCGCCACCUUCCUCUGCGCAAUCGCUGUUUACAAUGGUCCCGGCCUGAACCUGACCUGGUUGAACGUAAACGUUGCCCCUCAUUACCGCCGAGCGACGGCUAUUGGCUUGCAGCAGACUAUCGGAAAUACCGCCGGUAUUGUUGCUGGACAAAUAUAUAGGAACGUGCCAUAUCGCCUUGGAAACGGCUUCUCACUGGGUGCUCUGUGUGUCUCGCAGGCGUUGAUUGCUAGCAAAUAUCUCUACAUCCGCCACUGCAACAAAACGAAGGAAAGGAUUGUAAAUGGAGAAAUCCCAGAUACCAGAAAGAUCAAGACAGGCGACCGGGCCUUGGAUUUUGUGUACCAUUUGUAA